GCGGCCACUGUCGCGGCUCAUGGCCACGUGGAUUGGCUCGUGGCUAAUGGCGUCGCUUACCGCGGCUGGGACUCUCCUACAUUCACAUACUCGCCCCCAACGAGUCCCGUAGUAGGCUGGAAGAUCGAUGCCCCCGAUAACGGUUUCGUCGAGCCUGUCAACUUCGGUACAGGCGAUAUUAUCUGCCACAAGAAUGGAAGCCCGGCUGGCGGACACGCCACCGUCGCUGCUGGCACCAACAUCCAGCUUGUCUGGAACACAUGGCCAGAGUCACACAAGGGUCCGGUGAUUGACUACCUUGCCAAGUGCACCGGCGACUGCGAAUCGGUCGACAAGACAACCCUCAACUUCUUCAAAAUUGACGCUGGUGGUCUGAUUGAUAUGUCCCUCACGAACGGCAAGUGGGCUGACGAUGUCCUCAUGGCCAACAACUUCACCUGGACCGUUCAGAUCCCGUCAACGCUCGCACCUGGAAACUACGUCCUCCGCCAUGAAAUCAUCGCUCUUCACUCUGGCGGCAAUGUCAACGGUGCCCAGGCAUACCCGCAGUGCUUCAACCUCCAGGUCACAGGAGGAGGUUCCCUGGCCCCCGCCGGCGUAAAGGGCACGGCACUGUACAAGUCUGACGACCCGGGCAUCCUCUUCAACCUCUACACGAGCCCUCUUGUCUACCCUGUUCCAGGCCCCACCCUCGUCUCUGGGCUUGCCUCGACCGUUGCUCAAAGUACUGCCCGCAUCACCGCCACGUCGAGCGCGACCUUGCCCGGAGGAAGCGGCGGCAGCAGCCCGACUACGUUGAGGACGACUACUACUGCCGCGGCACCUGUCACUACUACCACAGCCGGAACGACGACCACCACAGCCGCGAGUGGUGGCACUGGAACUGUAUCCAAGUACGGUCAGUGUGGAGGACAAGGAUGGACUGGUGGGACUGUUUGUGCUUCUGGAUCGACCUGCACAGUAUUGAACCAGUACUACUCCCAAUGC